CAGUUGAAGAGAUCUUUCCCUCCUCUUUUUUCUUACUGAUAAGAAAUCAUUCAUUUCCCUCUGCUUUCCUUCUUCAGAAGCUUCACAUCCGUGAAAAAUGGCGAAAAUUGGAGGAGCGUUCAUCUGCCUGGUGAUCAUCAUCAUGGACAUUGUAGCUGGAAUCCUAGGCAUCGAAGCCGAACUUGCUCAAAACAAGGUAAAACAUUUAAGGUUCUUAGUUUUCGAAUGUAAAGAGCCAAGCGAACAAGCUUUCACGCUAGGGCUAGCUGCAGCAGGACUCCUAGCCUUGGCGCAUGUCAUUGCUAACCUGCUCGGGGGGUGCAUCUGUAUCUGGUCUCAAGAAGAUUUUAAAAAUUCCUCAGCUAACAAGCAAUUGGCAGUUGCCUGCCUUGUUUUCUCAUGGAUCAUAUUAGCAAUUGGAUUUGGGGUGCUGGUCAUCGGAGCAAUGUCGAAUUCAAAGUCGCGGCGGGCCUCUUGCGGGAUGUCACACCAUAACUUCUUAUUCAUAGGAGGAAUUCUCUGUUUCGUCCAUGGUAUCUUCUGCGUUGCCUAUUACGUUUCUGCCACUGCUGCUUACGGAGAGCAACACAAAAGCCAUGGAAUGGAUCAAGGUAGGGUUUGAUUCUUGAAGUGGAACAGCAUCACGUGGUUCUCCCUCCCUUUAGUCAAAAUGAUCAAUGUACCCUUUUCGUCCCAUCAGAUGAACGGCUGAUAACUGAUCUCAUUUUGUCAUUUUAAUGUGAGAAAAUUCAGUAGUAAGUGUGUUUGUGUCUGUCCAUCAGGAAUAUUGAUAUGGCCCACCAUCACGUGGACAGGACUUAACAAAAAAUAUAUAUAUUUGCCAUGACAGGAUAAUCUUAACCUUACAUUCACGUGGGUUUUGCUUUAUGUAUUUGGAGCUUUUGUUCGUUUUUUCAACGACAUCAUAUCAGUUGUCCAUUCGCCGCUCAUUGAUGUGAUCGCUACCAAAGUCUACCAUCGCAGAUUUUUGGGGCUA